CAAGCUGGCAGCGUAACUCCAAACUGGACUGUCGCUACGGACACCAUACAUACAUCAUGAUCUGGCGAUAGUAUAAUCUACCCAUAGAUACCCCUCUCAUUCUAGAGAAACAACAAACUCUACCCAACACCAUGGCGCCUCCCACCAAACCCUCCGUCUCGAAGGGCACCAACCCAGCCCCCGACUUCACCGUGAACAUGAACCGCAUCCAGACGCAGCUCCAAGCGCGCCUCAAAGCAGUGCGCUCCUUCCUCCCAUCGCGCCCCGAUCUCCAAACUUCCACCUCCACCUCCACCGGGGGAUCAUUUUCCGCGCUCAGCUCCUCCAACCCCUCCUCUCACCCGCAACCCCAAGCCACAACCGCAGAAGCGCGGCGCGCAGCAGCCGAAGCCGAGUUCGCCGAAGACCGGAACCUCGACCCGAACGUAGGAAUCGGGCUCGCGCCUACAAGCAAAAAUAGCGACGCUAACGGACGGGACCGGGACACGGCGCGGUUACGCGGACGGCUAUUGGGCAAACGCGGGAAGAACGGUGAGAUGGUUGAGAAGCGCUGGGUGCGGAGGGAAGAAAGCAGUGAUGAGGAAGCCGGACGGAGUGGGCUGGGGCGGACGAAGAGGGGUGGGAAGGGGAAGAGGUCGCGGGCGGAGAUGGAGGGUGAGGAUCGUGUGGAGGGGGAAGUAGCGGGAGUAGCGCUGCUGGAGGUUGGGGCGCUUGAUGAGGAAGAUGGUAAUGGGCUAGUCAAGCCCAUUGAUCAGGCUGGGGAUGUGGAGGAUGAUGUGGAAAACCCAACUCCUAAACCUACGGAAGCCGAGUCGAGCACGCCUGCCGAAGGAAAUUCGGAGAAAAGGCGGAAGAGGAAAAAGAAGAAGUCAAAGAAUAAAACUAACGAGGCUUGAUAUAUCGAUCAUGAACCACGUCUCCAUAUGAAAUAAGUCCUAUGAUACCCCAGAGCAUACAUACUAUUAAUCACUUUA